AGUAGUCUGCUAAGUGGGGGCACUCAGUUCUGUUAAGUCAAAUCUCGCUCAACAUGCAGGCUGAAAAAACAGUAAACGUGCUCAUUUUUAUUAAUUGAACACAAAUUGUACAUAAAUUAUAACAAAAUUAAAUGUUUCGCGCUAUCGCCAAACAGCAGCAGCCGCUCCCAUUCAACAUUCUUGCCAAGCACACACAAACACCAAACGGAGCCAUAACGGAGAACGACAAAAACCACAAGCGGAAUAACAGCAGCAGUAAAAGCAGCAAUUGGAUGCCGAUUGCUUGCCCACGCCCACAAUGACAGCCGCUCCGCCCGCCCAUGAUAAUGGCGAACAGCAGCAGCAGCAACAUGCAUUAGUGAAACGCGCCGAAGACGAACGCGAGGACAUAUUCAAGCGCUAUGAGUUGGGCCUGGAUCCCAAUAAUGUCGUCGACUCCUGGGAGAAUCCCACAUUUGAAAUCUAUCAUAUAACCGACAAAUACGGCUUCAUGCACGACUCCCGCCUGCCAUCGUCACGCGACUCCCAGGAAGUGCAACGCACAAGGAUCGAAUUGGAACGCGAUAAAAAAUGGGUGAAAAUGCUAAAUCACUGGCCGCCGCCACAAGAGAAAUUGCAUAAGCGCGUAUACAAGGGAAUACCGGAUCGGAUGCGUUGGCCGGCGUGGAAACAGCUGCUCAAUGUCCAGCACUCGAUGGACACCAAUGCGGGCGUCUAUAUGCGCAUGCUGCAAAUGGCCAAGCAGAAUGCGACUGAGACGCGCCAAAUCGAUGCGGACGUGAAUCGUCAGUUUCGUGACAAUCUGGCCUAUCGGGAACGCUAUAGCGUCAAGCAAUGCUCCCUGUUCAAUGUGCUGAACGCUUACAGCAUUUACAACUCGGAGCUUGGCUACUGUCAGGGCAUGGCAUGUGUGGCGGGCGUAUUGUUGCUCUACAUGCAGGAGGAAGAGGCAUUUUGGGCACUCAACACGCUCAUCACGGAUCGUAAAUAUGGCAUGCAUGGGCUGUUCAUUGAGGGCUUUCCAAAGCUGACACGCUUCAUCGAGCAUCAUGAUCGUAUAUUGUCCAAGAUAAUGCGUAAACUGCACAAGCAUUUUAUGAAACACAAUGUGGAUGCGCUGCUCUAUGCCAUCAAGUGGUUCUUUGUGGUCUUUGUGGAGCGUGUGCCGUUUAGUCUUAGUUUACGCGUAUGGGAUAUUUUUCUGCUGGACGGCGAUCGUGUUAUAUUGGCCAUGGCCGUGACCAUACUCUAUCUGCACAAGGAUGAGCUGUUGCGCCUCAAGGAUAUGGAUGGCAUUAUUGAAUACUUGCAGGUGAAGCUGCACAAGAAUUUUGGUUACAAUGACGACGAUGCCAUUCAGGCGCUGGAGCGCGUUAUGAAGAAGCUAAAGGAUCUGAAACUCGAUGUACCUCCGCCAGCGAAAUCCAAUGAGUUUCCCACACGACCGCUGGGCAUGUUUGUGGAGGCGGAUCGUGAGAAAAAAACUGGUCGCCGACGUGACUAUACCGAUACGGAAAAGCAAGUCUUAACCGAUGUGAUAUCAAGACAAGAACAAAACGCAAUUGAGGUACAAUCUACAGUGUCCUAUGAGACAUCCGAGUGCGCAACUGGUGAUGCGUAUUCAAUGAAAACCUAUCAAAGUAUGACUAGUUUAGCCACCUCGCCGGCGAUUAGUAGCUAUUCGCUCUAUAGCAAUGGCUUUGUGAUCACCGGCCCCGAAGACAGCCGCAGCCAGAGCGUUAACAACCUCAACUAUCCUUGGCAGCAGCAGCAGCAGCAUCAUCAUCAUUAUAUGCAGCACACCUCAGCCGAUAGAUUAUCAAAUCAGCGGCACAGCUAUUGUAGCGAAAGCGAUAGUCGCAAUCGUCUUGAUCUGGACAGAGCGUUGGAGGCGCUACAAGGCCAGCAGCUGCAGAUGCAGCUCGAGAAUCAGCAUCAUCAGCAGACACAACCAGCAGCACACAACGUACGCACUCUAAUGCAGAACGGAGCUGAUAACCAAAAGGAGAAGUUAUUGAACAAUGCUGUUAAUCAUAAUGAUAAAAAUUAUGUUCAUAAUGUUGUCGAUGAUGUUGUUGACGAUAACGAUGAUGCGCUGAGCGUGGAGAAUACGCGUCUUUAGUCUGUUUAUUUCUUCUAUCCAUAUGUCGUAGCAUUUAAGUUCAAAUUUGUACUUGAAUUUAUUCCCCUUAUUGAUUUGCCGUUGCUCAACUUGAAUGUUAUGCCAAUUAAUUAGUUGAAAAAGAAAAAUUAAUAUAAUUAGCUUUAAUUUUCGUACAACAUUUGGCUAUCAAAAUUGUUGCCUAGCACAUAAAUUGUUAAACGUAAUUUUUGUCUAAAGUCAA